GUCCCUCUCGGAGUCGGGCCUGGGCCCCGAGCGGCGGCGAGGCGGCGGCGCCCCCGUAAAAUGCCCGUUGGAUAAGGGAGGACCUCGCCACGGGCCCCAAUGAGCGGCACACAGCCCACGACCACCGACAGGUUUCCCCUCAAAAAACCUAUAAGGCAUGGAAGUAUUUUGAACCGAGAGUCACCAGCUGAUAAGAAGCAGAGAGUUGAGCGCAGUGCAUCACAUGACUUCGACCCCACAGAUAGCUCCUCCAAGAAGACAAAGUCUAGUUCAGAGGAGAGUAGAUCCGAGAUAUAUGCCUUUGACGGGGCCCUCUUCCUCUCACCUUGCCUUGACAAUUUUCAUUUGCUGUUUAACUGGAAAGAAAAUAACUGCUCCUGGGAGUCAGGUCUUGUUCAGCGCUGUGUGAUCAUCCAGAAGGGUGACAAUGGAUUUGGGCUGACGGUCAGUGGAGACAACCCAGUCUUCGUACAGUCUGUCAAAGAAGAUGGAGCAGCCAUGCGGGCUGGAGUACAGACAGGUGAUCGAAUCAUCAAGGUGAAUGGAACUCUGGUGACUCAUUCAAACCAUCUGGAGGUGGUAAAGUUAAUCAAAUCUGGUUCCUAUGUAGCUCUCACUGUUCAAGGACGCCCCCCUGGGAUGCCCCAGAUCCCACUUGCUGAUUCUGAAGUAGAGCCAUCCGUCACUGGACAUAUGUCUCCUAUCACGACCUCUCCUCACUCACCGGGAGCAUCUGGGAACAUGGAAAGAAUUACCAGUCCUGUGCUCAUGGGGGAGGAAAACAAUGUGGUUCAUAACCAGAAAGUAGAAAUUCUGAGAAAAAUGUUACAGAAAGAACAGGAACGGCUGCAGUUAUUGCAGGAAGAUUACAACCGAGCUCCUACCCCAAAGUUGCUAAAAGAGAUCCAAGAGGCCAAGAAACUCCUCCCUCAGCUGCAGGAGCAGCUCUCCAAAGCCGCUGGCCCCCCGCAGGAUGGAGCUAUAAUCACAUCCUCCAAGCCUUUCAGUGACACCCCAGCAGUCAGUGCGGUGGAAGCAGACUCUGGUGACGGACUAGGCAGAGUUGACUGUAGCAGCGGAGAUGCAUCAUGGCCCAGCAGUGACAAUGCAGAUAGUCCUAAGAGUGGCCUGAAAGAGAGGAUUUAUCUAGAGGAAAACCUGGAGAAAAAUGAAGUGAUUCAGGACACUGACACUCAGUCACUUAUCGGGAGCCCUGCAACCCGCACAGCACCUCACAUUAUUGGAGCAGAGGAUGAUGAUUUUGGUACUGAACAUGAACAGAUCAAUGGGCAGUGCAGCUGUUUCCAGAGCAUUGAACUGCUGAAAUCUCGCCCUGCUCACUUGGCUGUUUUUUUACACCAUGUAGUUUCACAGUUUGAUCCUGCGACAUUGCUCUGUUAUCUUUAUUCAGACCUUUAUAAACAGACCAAUUCCAAGGAGACUCGUCGUAUCUUCCUUGAGUUCCAUCAAUUCUUCCUGGAUCGAUCUGCGCACUUGAAAGUUUCUGUUCCUGAUGAAAUAUCAGUAGAUCUAGAAAAAAGAAGACCUGAGCUUAUUCCUGAGGAUCUCCACCGCCACUAUAUUCACACUAUGCAGGAACGAGUUCACCCUGAGAUCCAGAGGCACCUGGAGGAUUUCCGGCAGAAAAGGAGCAUGGGGCUGACCUUGGCUGAAAGCGAACUGACCAAACUUGACGUCGAGAGAGACAAGGACCGGGUCAUCUUGGAGAAAGAGCGGGCAUGCGCAGAACAGAUUGUUGCCAAAAUUGAAGAAGUGUUGAUGACUGCUCAGGCUAUAGAAGAAGACAAGAGUUCAACAAUGCAGUAUGUUAUUUUCAUGUACAUGAAGCAUCUGGGAGUAAAAGUGAAAGAACCUCGAAAUUUGGAGCAUAAGCGAGGUCGGAUUGGGUUCCUUCCAAAAAUCAAGCAAAGUAUGAAGAAAGAUAGGGAAGGAGAAGAAAAGGGGAAGCGAAGGGGAUUCUCCAGCAUCCUGGGGCCCCCACGGAGGCCCAGCCGCCCUGACAACAGUGCAAUUGGCAGAGCCAUGGAGCUACAGAAGCAGCGCCACCCGAAGCACUCACCCACACCUCCCCCUGUGAGCCCCGAGCCCCAGGAUGCUGCUAAGUCUCGCCAGAGUGGGCCAGCAGGUGACGGAGCUGACGCUGGGUACCUGCCCGCUGGCUCCGUGUCCUCAGUGGCUUCCGUGGCCAAUCUCUGCCAGGAUGUAGGGAAGGAGAAUGAUGCGGGAUCAAAGCCAGUGGCAGAAUCCCCAGCAUCUGCAGACCUCGUGGACGCCCCGCCUCGUGCUUCCAGUGCUGCCCUGGAGUCCCCGCCGCUGCCACUGGACCAGGUGCAAGAGGAGGAAUGGGAGGUGGAAAGGAUGACUGAACAUGGGACACCAAAGCCCUUUCGAAAGUUAGACGGCACCGCUUUUGGAGAAAGUCAAAGUGAAGACGAACAGUUUGAAAAUGACUUGGAAACUGAUCCACCCAACUGGCAGCAGCUUGUUAGUCGAGAAGUGUUACUGGGACUGAAGCCCUGUGAGAUCAAAAGGCAGGAAGUGAUUAAUGAAUUAUUUUAUACUGAAAGAGCUCAUGUUCGAACACUAAAGGUUCUUGAUCAAGUGUUCUACCAGCGAGUGUGCAGAGAAGGAAUUCUGUCACCUUCAGAACUACGGAAAAUUUUUUCAAACUUGGAAGAUAUUCUUCAACUUCACAUUGGGUUGAAUGAGCAGAUGAAGACUGUUCGAAAGAGGAAUGAGACCUCUGUUAUUGAUCAAAUUGGGGAAGAUUUGCUAACCUGGUUCAGUGGGCCUGGAGAGGAGAAGCUGAAGCACGCUGCCGCCACCUUCUGCAGCAACCAGCCCUUCGCUCUGGAAAUGAUCAAAUCUCGUCAAAAGAAAGACUCUCGGUUCCAGACUUUUGUGCAGGAUGCUGAGAGUAACCCUCUGUGCCGGCGACUGCAACUGAAGGACAUCAUUCCCACCCAGAUGCAGAGGCUCACCAAGUACCCUCUCCUCUUGGACAACAUUGCCAAGUUCACAGAGUGGCCAACAGAAAGGGAGAAGGUGAAGAAAGCAGCCGAUCACUGUCGUCAGAUCUUAAAUUAUGUAAAUCAGGCCGUCAAGGAGGCAGAAAACAAGCAGCGUUUAGAGGAUUAUCAGCGUCGCCUUGACACUUCCAACCUGAAGCUGUCCGAAUACCCAGACGUUGAGGAGCUCAGGAAUUUGGAUUUAACAAAAAGGAAGAUGAUUCAUGAAGGACCAUUGGUUUGGAAGGUGAAUAGAGAUAAAACUAUUGAUCUGUAUACAUUGCUGCUGGAAGACAUCCUUGUAUUGUUACAAAAGCAGGAUGAUAGGCUGGUGUUAAGAUGUCACAGUAAGAUUCUGGCAUCCACAGCUGAUAGCAAGCACACAUUUAGCCCUGUCAUUAAGUUGAAUACAGUGUUGGUUCGACAAGUGGCAACAGAUAACAAAGCUUUUUUCGUCAUUUCCAUGUCAGACAAUGGAGCCCAAAUCUAUGAGCUGGUGGCACAGACAGUUUCGGAAAAGACUGUCUGGCAGGACCUAAUCUGUCGGAUGGCCGCAUCGGUGAAGGAGCCGUCCACAAAGCCAAUCCCCCUGCCACAGUCACCACCUGGCGAAGGAGACAGUGAGGAUGGCAAGCCUCCCAAGUUAAAAGCGGAGCAUCAAGGCAUGUCCUCUGCUGAUCUGCAGAGUCCAGACAGAGAUUUGGGAUUAGAAUCUCCCUUAAUAUCAUCAAAACCUCAGUCUCAUACACUGGGCACUUCUGGGAAAGCAGAGGCUGACGAACUCUCUGUGGCCGAGAGGCGGUUUGCACAGGAACAGCAUGCAGAGGGAGCUGUCAAGGAAGCAGGAGUAAAUAAUCACAUCACAAUCCCAGACUUACACUUGCCUGUCUCGGAAGAGCGGUGGGCGUUGGACGCACUGAGGAACUUGGGCUUGUUGAAGCAGUUGCUGGCACAAAAGCUGAGUCCGGCUGAGAAGAGCACUCAGGAAGAUUGGCCACAUUUUUCAAGAUACCGGACAGCCUUCCCCUGGGUGCAGGCAGACAGUGGAACCCAGAACUUUGAAAUGAUGAAGGCCUGUCGCGGUGAAAGACAGAUGCCCUUGAGAGCUGGAGCAGAUAGCCUUUCAGCAUGCAGCAGUCCACCGGCCUUAGCAGACUCUCCUGCUCCUCGGGAUCCUGCGGUCCUGGCAUUCCAGCAGGGCCAGGCAGGUAGCAGUGCAGUGACGGGCCACACCCCUGUGCCCCUGGAGGCUCCUCCUGCAGAGCCAGAAGGCGGUCUUGAUGAGAGUGGGGAGCACUUUUUUGAUGCCCAGGAACUACACAGUGAUGAUAAUCCAUCCGAAGGUGAGGGAGCAGUUAAACAGGAAGAGAAGGACAUUAACGUACACAUCUCAGGAAACUAUUUGAUCCUCGCUGGCUAUGAAGCUGUGCAGGAGAGCUCCACCGAUGAGGAGGGUGCCGUCUGGCUCCCCCCGCAUUCCGGAACGGUCCUCCCCACCACGGACCCUGCCCAGCAACAGCGGCCCUCUUCCCAGAAGGCUCUUCCUGAUGGGGCGGUGUCACCAUUCACCCCGCAGCGCUGGGGAGCUCUGGAGGGGGCCUGCUUGGAGAUCCAGAGCCCCUUCGCAUGUGCAGACUCCCCGAGUCAGGUCCUGGAGUGCAUCCACAAGAUAGAGGCUGCCCUGGAGCACUUAAAGAAGGUGGAGGAAAGUUACACCAUUAUUUGCCAAAGGCUGGCUGGGUCAGCCCUCACAGACAAACACUCAGAUAACAGCUAGAGCUGCGCGUCCUGGAGGUGGUUGGAGUUUGAGCAUCAGCACAUCCUGGCCCUAGUGUGAGCAGAGAGAGAGUGGCAGAGGGUCUGCCUGGAAAGCUUCGGGGCUGGCCUGCCCCCGGCCCAGAGAGGACCGUCCUUCCCAGUCAGCAGCUGCCUGCUGUCCGCGAGGGAGCCUCUGCUCCACACUCUGCGCCUCACGACCAGGAGUCCAUUUGGAUUCAGAACAAAAACCAAAUGCAUAGAGCUCUGGGUGUGUGGGGUAUGACGUUUUAUUUAGACUUAAGAAAAGGAGAAAAUCAGAUGUAUUUAUUUGACUUCAUUCCACAUUUGAAAGCACAUUUUAAUUUCUCUUUUGCUGUGUUUUAAUUAAGUAGUGAGACUUUGUCCCUUUAUAUUUAGUUCACCAAAAACCAGUGGCUCCUGAGGCGGAGAGCUCAGGAGCAGGUGGCAGGAGGCCGGGCGGAGAGGAGAGAGCAGCCUGGGGAGCAGCCAGCCUUCUCCUGUAUCACAGCCUCUGCUGCCCGGGGCUGCUCCCAUCUGGCCUCGAGGCAGAGGCGACCUGUGCCCUGUGCUUCCCGGGGGCAGAGCCAGGGCUCCCCGCUCUGCUCCAGGCCAGCACUGCCCUCCCUCUGGGAUCGCAGGAACCCGAGCCUCGAGCCUCGUGUGCCCCAGGGCAGCCACUUGGGAAUGGGCGCUUUCUUCUCGGUUGAGGGUUGGGAUUUGGGAGGGAAAGGAAAGCAAAUUUCGUUUUCUUGACUAUAAAUUUGUUUUUCUUAAUAUGUUUCAUUUUUAUAAUUAUACAUUGGACUUCAGCACGUGUGUACAAUUGCUCCUGCAGAUUGAGCAGGAAAUAAAAGCAAAACAAGUGGAGAUGCCUCAGAUGGCAGGGGUGGGGUCUGUGGAGGGCGGGGUGGCAGCAGCUGAAGGCGUUUGGGAAGGUCUGCAGGGAGUCCCUCCUGAGUUGAAGUGGCUGCACUAGGCACAGGCACUGCUGCCCCUGUGGCCAGUGACACUUCAGUGCCUGGAGGUUUGACUGACGUUUGCACGGAUGGUGCCAAAGGGCUGAGUGGAAAGGAGAGCCGAGAGGAGUGGAGGAGGGCAGGGAGCAGAGCUGCCUGGACCUGCUCCCUCUGGCUCUUCUCCCCACUGGUGCCUGCCUGCUGCCUCAUGGAUGCAGGCCGAGCGCACUGGCCCUGCCAGUGAGCGGGGGGACGCUGGCCCAGGAUGGCCAGCAGUGUUGACAGCACCCCACAGAGGACAGAGGACCAGAGCAGUGGCUCGAGGCUCCUUUAGUUCCAUGGUCUUCUGUGAUUCCUUUGUGCAUCAGGUAUGUAUGUUUUGGAGUAGUUUUGCCAACUAAAAGGAAAUUAUUUGUCAAAUUUCAGAAUUCUGUACAUAUGCAAGGAGUUCACCCGCUGCUCUCGUCCUCCAGCAGUGCCCCCUGGCGGCGCGGGGGGGGGGGGGUCUCCAAUGUGUCCUUCUCCCCCUGCAGCCCAGUCACACGCACACUCAUCACACACAGGAGGGUUCCAGCUCUGUGACGAGCACCACACAGCCAGUUCACCGCUGUCAGCUCCGGUCUCCGUCUUUUCAAAACUGACCUCUGUUUUUAGUAAACUGAACAGCUGUAAGAACAGCUGUAUUGCUGGACCCUCGUUUAUAAAUUAUAAUUAUUUUUGGUCAUAGAUCAAGUAUAAAUUAAAUCAGAGUGGGAUUUAAAUUUUAGAAGCAGAAGCUAAUAUAUAAGUGGAGCUUGAACCUUCUGAUCACUUAAGAGAAGCGAGUAGCAACUAGAUAGCUGCAUGGCGCUCCCUCAGCUCAGGUUCCCUGCGUGGCUGGCCCUCCGCCCGCCCGCGGCAGGCAUCAGGAGAAAGGUACCGAGAACUGGUCUCACCGCAGACACCAGGCCCUGGUCCUCCACUGGCACGCACGGAGGAAGCUUGCUGGGGUAGCAGCAUUCUCAUUUCUCCUCUGGCUCAGCCAAUACCUGGUCCUUGGCAACUGUUUGCUUUUCUUUCCUGCAGUUUAACCUUUCCUUGGAACAGUAACAGAGCUAACGAGGAAAAUGCUUGGACCACAGCUCUAGUGCUUCCAAAUAAAUGUGUGUCUAGAUUUUCAAACAAAGCCCCCAAAUGAAGUCUGAUUUUGCAAAGAUCCCACGUUUUGAGUGUUCUUUCUGUCUUCCCCACUAACUUUCCUCCCCUUCUGCAGCCUGGCCUCCCACACCUCCCACUGUAUACUGGCCGUUCUCAUCACGUCUGCUUUCCUGGACCGUUAGACCUGCCUUUCAGGCUGAUGGACUGCAUCCUGCCCUCGAGCGGAAACAGUUCAGUUACCAUCAGUCACUUUCUCAGUGAGGAGAUUAGAAGCAGUUCCACACGGACAGGCCCGGGCCGGAGGGGGGGGGGGGUGAGAAGGGGCCAGAGUGCUUUCCAGGAGCAGAGAGCUGGCUCCGGUGGGAGCAGCUGCGGCCUGUGCUCCCUCCUGAGGCUCAUGAAGUAGGAGAGGACAGUUAGCCAGACACCCACUGGGCUCUCGGGUGCUCUAAAGUGCGACCACUGCCCGAGAAGCGACGUAUGUGUACCUUGGUAUCAGCUCCCCUGGGCUGCCUGACUUGGCUUUUUGAAACUACACUGCAUGGGAGUCACAUUUCAUAAGUUUUUUACUGAUUUUUAAAGAGGGGAAGGGGGGGGGGGGGAGUAGAGAAAGAGAAAUAUCAGUGAGAAACAUUGAUCAGCUUCCUCAGGCACUUUCCCUACUAGGGAUUGAGCCCACAACCUGGGCAUAGGCCCUGACCUCCUGGUACUUGGGUCGACACUCAACUGCCGGGCUGUUUUAUGAAAUACACCUCCCAUGCAGUAUAAUAAACACGUUUAGACACAGAGGGGAAAGAGUUUUUAUUUUGGAGGGGUGAGGGGAACUAAUGUGAUCGUGGAGGAGGAGAAUCUUUUAUUUUCAGAAGCUAAAGAAAUAUGUUCUCUGGGUUUUCUUUCUUUUGUACCCUUUUUUCUUGGCGUUGGUAAGUGCGGCGGGAGCUUCUGCACUUGGGGCGGAAGCGCCUCUGAAAGCAGUGGUGUGUCACUGAGCUGCUAGGCUCUGCCAGCAGUUCUCCCUGGAGGGCACCAAGGCCCGUUGAGAACCGAGUACGAGGGCCUACAGCAGACCAGGAGCAGGGCCUCCAUCCCCUCUGUCUCUAUAGGACAAUUUUUGUUUUGUAAAUUGUGUUUCUGAUUUUUCAACCCCUUUUCAAAAUGUUCUGCAAAAUUGUUAAAGAAAAGAGUUCCUUUACUUCAUUCCUAUGCCUUCUGCACUGGUCCUGCCAGUUUGAUGAUAAGCUGGUUUGGGAAAUGAACCUCCUAGAAGGAAGCUCUGCCUGCCCUUCCAGGGCCGCACCUGCGCGGCUGGGCUGCACAGCCCCCUGGAACGUGCCCCCUGGGUGGUGGGUAACACACCUCUUCCUGCCAGAACCCUUCCCUCGUUCACAAACACAGUCUUGUGCUCUUUAAUAGAAAUCACUUUGUAAAAACGGCAACUAUCUUCAAAAAGACUAUUAAUAAUCAUGUAUUUUUUACUCAUAUUUUGAAAUACCCAAAAGGCUUUAUUGUUCUAAUUAUCCAGAUGUACCUUUGUAAAAUAGCUCUUUUAUGAAUUAGCUGAUAAGGCUGUAUGUUUCUGGAACAAAAUACUGGUCAGCUAAAAACUUUAUCUUUUCUGGGGUCUGGGAAAACAGAAAAUGAGAGUUCAAAUAUUAAAUAUGCCUAAAGGAA